UUCACAUAUUCAACAGGAUCCCAAAGGGGUCAAAAGCCAAGAUUUGUAGCACCAUUCCAUGGAAAGAUAUGAUAUUUAAAAUCACAAAAUACUUUUGUGAACUCUGAGACAAACCAAGCCGCACAAACCUGUAUACAUGAGCAUGAUUAGAAGGGGGGGGUGUAGGGGUGAGGAACAGGCUCUCUUAAUUAACUUUAUGUAAAACUCCUGAAAUCAAAGUGAAAAAAAUGAAACCUAAAUGAUACCCUUUUUAGCUCAACUAUUAAAAAAGCCAAUUAUUUACCUGUGAACGUAUGCCACAUACAAUAGUACUUUGAAGACACUUCUUCCUAAUCAGAAGUGAGAGACACUCUUAAGCAUCUGCAUCCAACCGUCAUUGUGUCAGAAACUGCUAGUAAAACAUAAACCUCUCAAGGCGUUGUUAUUCCCAGCUCUGAGGCGACACUGCUGUAAUUAAGGGAAACCUGUGCAUGAGUUGGCGGAGUACUGUCUUGCGGAGUCCUCCGUCCUCGUGGAGUGGGAGGGUCACACCGGGAGAGACUAAUAAGGGCAGAGAUGCGUCCCCCUUCCCCACUCGCAGGGAUCUAACUCCGGCCUCUCCUCGGCGGCGCCGCAGCCCUGUCCGGACUCCACCGCGCCUCUGAGGGGCUCCAACGCAAAUUCAAGAUCUGUGGCCACUUGUUCACAUGGUUUCAAGGCACGAUGAAGCACACUGGCUCUUGGAAACUUUGGUUUUGGGUGGCAAUGUUCCUGCUUCCUGCUUCCACUUCCGUGACCGUUAGGGACAAUCCAGAAAAGACAUGUCCUAUAUUGAGAACAGAGGAACAUCAGUUGACACAAAACAACAGAAAUAAACUUGAAGUUUCAGGUUUUGAUCUAGGAGAGAGUUUUUCUCUGAGACGUGCUUUUUGUGAAGGUGAUAAAACUUGUUUCAGAUUGGGAAGUGCACUUCUUAUUAGAGACACUAUUAAGAUAUUUCCCAAAGGCCUUCCUGAGGAGUACUCUGUAGCAACCACGUUUCGUGUACGAAGAAACACUAAAAAGGAGCGCUGGUUUCUGUGGCAGGUGUUAAACCAGAAGAACAUGCCACAGGUUUCUAUAGUAGUUGAUGGUGGAAAGAAGGUAGUGGAAUUUAUGUUUCGAGCUGCCAAAGGAGAUGUGUUGAACUACAUAUUUAAAAAUCGAGAACUCCGUCCUUUGUUUGAUCGUCAGUGGCAUAAACUUGGCAUCAGUAUACAAUCCCAGGUCAUUUCACUUUAUAUGGAUUGUAACCUAAUUGCAAGCCGGCAGACUGAUGAGAAGGACACUGUGGAUUUUCGUGGACGGACAGUUAUUGCUGCACGAGCUUCAGAUGGCAAACCUGUGGACAUUGAACUUCACCAACUUAAAAUCUACUGUAAUGCAGAUUUCCUAGCUCAAGAAACAUGUUGUGAAAUAUCAGAUACUAAGUGCCCAGUGCAGGAUGGCUUUGGCAGUAUUGCAUCAUCAUCAGUAACCACUCGUGCCGGCAAAAUGUCUGCAUAUCUGCCAGCCAAGCAGGAACUUACAGACCAGUGCCAGUGCAUUCCAAACAAGGGAGAAGCAGGAUUACCAGGAGCUCCAGGCUCACCUGGGCAGAAAGGGGAUAAAGGAGAGCAGGGAGAGAAUGGUUUACAUGGUGCUCCAGGCUCACCUGGUCAAAAGGGAGAGCAAGGUUUCAAAGGCAGUAAAGGAGAAAUUGGUGAAAAGGGUGAACAAGGAGAAAAAGGAGAUCCAGGUCUGGCUGGUCCUAAUGGACAAAAUGGUUGGAAAGGUGACUUGGGUCCUCCUGGUCCACCUGGCCCAAAAGGAGAAAAGGGAGAUAUGGGACCUCCAGGACCACCAGCUUUAACAGGUUCCCUGGGGAUACAAGGCCCCCAAGGUCCACCUGGAAAAGAGGGUCAGAGGGGAAGACGAGGGAAGACGGGACCCCCGGGAAAACCAGGACCCCCAGGACCACCCGGACCUCCUGGAAUGCAAGGAAUACAGCAGAGUCUUGGUGGAUAUUAUAACAAGGGAAACGGUGAAUAUGGAGCUGGGGGUCCGAAAGGAGAAAAGGGUGAAACUGGACUACCAGGAUUUCCAGGGUCUGUUGGUACUAAAGGACAAAAAGGAGAACCUGGAGAACCUUUUACAAAAGGUGAAAAGGGAGAUAGAGGAGAACCUGGGAUGAUAGGAUCACAAGGAACAAAGGGUGAACCUGGAGAUCCUGGUCCCCCAGGCUUAAUAGGAAACCCAGGACUAAAGGGUCAGCAAGGACCUGCAGGCUCCAUGGGCCCCAGAGGACCACCAGGAGAUGUUGGAUUGCCAGGAGAACAUGGUAUCCCAGGAAAACAAGGCAAUAAAGGAGAAAAGGGAGAUCCAGGUGGGAUUAUAGGCCCUCCUGGGCUUCCAGGUCCCAAAGGCGAGGCUGGUCCUCCCGGGAAAAGCCUGCCAGGGGAACCGGGAUUAGAUGGAAAUCCUGGAGCACCUGGUCCACGUGGGCCAAAGGGUGAAAGAGGACUGCCAGGUGUUCAUGGUUCCCCAGGUGACAUAGGCCCACCAGGAAUAGGAAUUCCUGGAAGAACAGGUUCCCAAGGACCAGCUGGAGAGCCAGGUAUUCAGGGUCCUCGAGGUCUCCCUGGGUUGCCAGGAACUCCAGGGACCCCAGGGAAUGAUGGAGCUCCAGGAAGGGAUGGAAAGCCAGGCCUACCUGGCCCGCCAGGUGACCAGAUUGCACUUCCUCUCUUGGGAGACAUCGGGGCCUUGCUCAAGAACUUCUGUGGCAACUGCCAAGCCAGUGUCCCCGGGUUGAAAAGCAGCAAAGGAGAAGAAGGAGGUGCUGGCGAGCCUAGAAAGCCUGAUUCGACAGCCAGGAAGGGUGAAACAGGGCCUCGGGGUCCUCAAGGAAUCCCAGGCAGAGAGGGACCGAAGGGAAGCAAAGGAGAGCGGGGCUACCCUGGGAUACCUGGGGAGAAAGGUGAUGAGGGUCUGCAAGGAAUUCCAGGCAUUCCAGGUGACCCAGGCCCUAUUGGACCCCCCGGCUUACUGGGAAGAACUGGACAUCCUGGUCCCAUGGGAGCAAAGGGUGACAAGGGCAACGAGGGGCCCCCUGGGCAACCCGGACCGCCAGGACCACCUGGUGCACCAUUCAGUGAAGGAAAUGGCAUGAGCAGUUUAUAUAAAAUCCAGGGAGGUGUGAAUGUUCCCAGUUACCCAGGACCACCCGGUCCCCCUGGCCCAAAAGGCGAUCCUGGCCCAGUGGGAGAGCCUGGCGCAAUGGGGUUGCCAGGACUAGAAGGAUUUCCAGGUGCAAAGGGAGAUCGAGGCCCAGCAGGACCCCCGGGAAUAGCCGGGAUAUCGGGAAAACCUGGUGCCCCGGGGCCUCCAGGCGUUCCAGGGGAACCGGGUGAGAGAGGACCUGUUGGAGAUAUAGGUUUCCCUGGACCAGAAGGACCCUCAGGAAAGCCAGGAAUAAAUGGAAAAGAUGGGUUACCAGGUGCUCAGGGCAUCAUGGGUAAAGCUGGAGAUAGAGGCCCCAAAGGAGAACGUGGUGAUCAGGGAAUUCCAGGAGACAGAGGCCCACAAGGUGAACGGGGAAAACCAGGCCUUACAGGAAUGAAGGGGGCCAUAGGUCCUGUGGGGCCACCAGGAACUAAAGGCUCUAUGGGAUCCCCUGGCCACCAAGGCCCUCCAGGGUCUCCAGGCAUCCCUGGCACUCCGGCUGAUGCAGUUUCAUUUGAUGAAAUAAAGAAGUAUAUUAACCAAGAGGUCCUAAGGAUUUUUGAAGAGAGGAUGGCUGUGUUCCUAUCCCAGCUCAAGCUGCCAGCAGCGAUGUUGGCUGCUCAAGCUCAUGGGAGGCCUGGGCCACCAGGGAAGGAUGGGUUGCCUGGGCCACCAGGAGACCCUGGCCCCCAAGGCUACCGAGGACAGAAGGGAGAAAGAGGUGAACCUGGAAUUGGGCUGCCAGGGAGUCCAGGUCUUCCUGGGACUUCAGCUCUGGGUUUGCCAGGCUCACCAGGUGCCCCAGGGCCCCAGGGCCCCCCAGGACCCAGUGGAAGAUGUAACCCAGAAGACUGCCUCUAUCCUGUGUCUCCAGCCCAUCAGCAGACAGGUGGGAAAUGAACACACCUGAAGAAGACUUGGUUCCUGGUGAUACCUCCUUGCCAUUGGAGUUAUCUUAAUACCGUCUGCCAAAUCCUCAUGAUAUGUGGGCUGCUUUUUUUUUUUUUUUUUUUUUUUUUUAUGGUAUAGGCCAGACAUUUAAAGCGACCAUUUGAAUCCUAUUCCUACAGGAAUUGCAAAUCAGCAUUUUUAGAUUUUUCCCAAAUUCAUUCCAUGUUUUCCUUUACCAUUACUAUGCUUUUUAUUCAGUUUUACAUGAAAUACACAAGCAAAUCUUAUCAUUAGUUCAUCUUCAAAAAGAAACUACAUAUUAUGAUUUAGUAGACUGAUGAUGAUAUCCAUUUUGUAGACUCAUUGACAUGUGGUUGGCCUUUGCUUUCUGAAUUUUAAAGUUUCAGACUUAUCCUGAAGUUUUCUUGGUGUUUAAAUUUAUUAUCAUUGCUAAGAAUUUUGUCAACUUUUUUGAUAUAGUGCAUUGCUCCUGUUGAAUGUUUUUUGACUACUUUUUAUAACUUAAGAAUUCUUAUACCUAUAUCUGUCCUACUUACACAGAAAAAUAGAUAGGCAAUAAGAGCUUCACUGUAUAACUUAUGUUUUGGAAAAAACACAGGAGCCUAUUUUAUCAGGGAUCCCAAAAACUCACCAUAGCCAACUACUGAAAUGAUUUUGUUAACUCUGUAUAAUGAGCUCAAUUCAAAGCAAUCACCACUAGCAUGUAUACGUAAAUGCAUGAAAAGUAAGGAAUGAAUUCCAUUUGUAUGUGAGUUCUACAAGAAAAGCCUAACCUUCUGUGGUCCCGUUCCAAGUUUCUCCUUGGUAAACAGAAAGCUGUUUUCCCUAAGAGAUGUCUGGUGGUGAAGGUACCAAAUUGCCUUUGGUAUUCCUGAAACUUAAAUGGCCUAGCAAGAUCUUUGGGACCCUAUAUCCAUUAUCCUUCUGACCUCAUCACCCGCAGACUUUAAGAAUUGGCCAUCAGAACAAAGGCUGGGAUUUGUAGCAACUGGAAAAGAAAUCUGCUUGUCCUAGAAGAUGAAUGAGUGGUCUCAGCAAAUGCAUAUUGAGAAAGCGAAGCCCAAAAGCUCUUAAGGAGAAUAAUGUUUCUCCAGAAUCUGCAACAUGAGGUGCACAGCUCAGCAAAGGAAAACCAUGGGACUGAAUAUGCAACUAGCACGCAGACCAAAGAGUUAACACUCGCUUCAAAACCAUGUCCUCUGAAAGGAAACAAAAAUAUAGUGAUCAUCAACCAAACUACUAAACAGUAUUUCUCCUGACUAGCUAUACAUUAUUGUGAGAACCUGUUGGUUGAAAACACCUGAUUUUCUAAAGUACUGGGCAUGAGGAUGUUGCUCAAAUCUAGCUGGUAGGUCCCACAGAUGCUGGGAGCAUGGCGCCAGAGCCCUCCUGUCACAGAAAUCAGGGUUCUUACCUCUUCAAGAAGCAGUGUAGAUUUCAAUUUGGCUAAAGCAGAGUAGGAGGAUUGCUUUUGUCUGUUAAUUGAAAAAUGAGUUUGGAAAGACAAGCCCACUGAAAUUAGAAAAAGCUGUGAACAGAGUUGUGUCUGAGGAAUGUGCCUACAUUAAGGCAGGGUUUGCUCAAAUGCACCUAUGAUUUUGAACUGGUUUUCAUUAUAAAUGAAUGAACUGCUGGUCAGGUACUGUCUACGUGGCUGUGCAUACACACAACCUUUUUAGUUAUUUCAUAUUGAGUUAUACUGUAUAUUUCAAGUCCAGGUUUAUUUAUUUUAUUUUUCAAGGUUAUUUUAUUUAAGUGUUUUUAACUUUAAAUUGAUUUUCUUUUUCAUUUUCUUUCCUGUGCAAUACCUACAAUGGUGCUGUGUUUUAAACUCACACAAUUGGAGUAUACAUAUGUGUUUCUUAGUAAAAUGAUAAUUUAUCCCGAAAAAGUGUACAUAGAUCUAAAAUUUGGUGCUAUGUGUAUAUCUUGAACUUUUAAUUUGUUGAAUUUUCUGAAAGCUUAUAACUUAUCUGCCACUCAUAUUAAUUUACUUGAAUUUGUCCUAAAACUAAACAUUUUAUGUUUUCAAAUAUUAUUUUUUCAUAUUAAUAGGUUGUUUAUCUUUUUGCCUCUUUGCUAAUUUAAAAGUGUUCAAUUUAUCAUUUUAAUGUUUUUGUGGACUUUUUUGCUGAUGAUGAUCAAUUUUGGGGGGGAGUUUAGUUGAUCCUUUCAUGUACAUGAAAAGACAUGAUUCAUUUUCUUGUUUUAUAAAUUCUGUCCAUUUUUAGUCUACAAAAAAUGUCAUGCAUCCUUCCUUACAAAUUGUAUAUCUAAGAAUCUUUCUUCUUCCAACUUCCAUUAAUGCUUGACUGGUUUAUCUUGUUCCAAAUAUUUGGAUUUAUUCAGGUAAUUUGAGAAGGAAAGGGAGGGAGGUGGAAAUAUAAUCUUAUGUGGUGCAUAUUACAAAGUGAAACUAUCACAAUGAUUCAGGCUCAUUUUUUGUAACUGGGACAUAUGACAAACUUUGACAUAACUAGAAAAAUCCCUACUCUAUUAUUUACCUGCAGAUACCUUUUUCUGCCUUGGCUCUGUAUACAUGAUAUGCAACAAAGAGCAGCAAGAAAUGCUGGGUCCAGCUAAUAUAACACCAAAUGAAGUGGAGAUUUAGCAUUUCCUAAUUCCUUUAAUAAAAAGAAAGUAAAUAAUUCAGGCCCCAAAGUAGGGAGGGACAUUUUCCUGUAAGUAACUUGGUGGUUGCCAAAUCUCUUCUACCAUUUUAUUCCAUUCCAAGAUAUGUGUUUAUUUCCACAUAGGUGUCAGAGAUGUCAGUUAUCAAAUUUCAUGAAUUAUCCAUUUGCGCUCCAGAUAACAUGAGUGCUUAAAUAAAAAAUAAUUAUUGGCUGUGAUAUUAAAACUGUGUUUUCCAUGUAGAAGCAUCUUUGAAUUCCAGUCUUUCAUUUUAUUCCAAGGAUUAUCACUUUCAGAUAGAAGUCUUUCUAUGCAAACAAGAGAUUACUUCAAUUAAUAUUUCUGGUCUUUGGAAUCUAAAGAAAAAAGUAAUGCAUGAAUUUUUUCAUUGUUCUUUCCAACUGAAGACAUUAAUCAUUACUUCUAACAGAAACACAGUCUUAACCUUUUAAACUUUAUACCUGUGAUGAUAAUUUAAAGUAACCCCAUAUGCUUAUUUCUAUAUUUCAUGAUGUUGUUGAAACUUUAAAAUUUUAGUCACUUAUAGAGCUUAACUAAUUAUCUUAAGAUAUGUUGUGUGUAAAAAUUUGUCAUUUGAUAUUUGGCUCAUAAAGUAAUUUUUUAUGAGUAUGUUUUAGGAGUUAAGUAAGGUUUAGCUUUUCUUCAGUCUUUCUCAUCUGUUGGGAAACUAUGAAAUACCUCCUUUUGUCCACAAGAUGGUGUUUAAAGCAAUUUGUUCAGAAGAACUAAACAGACUCACAGAAAUACGAGGCUAGGAACAGUUUAGUGGACAACUAAAUCACACCUUUGCCCUUGCACUUUUUAUUUUUUACUUUUGUAACUAAUUCGUUGUUAAUUUUUUUUGUUAAUUUAUGUUUUUCCUAAUCUUAAGUAUCUUUAUGGAGCAGGUACUGUAUCUUUGAUUUGUUGACCGUUUCAAUUUUAUUUCUUCAGUGGAUAUAUACAUAAUAUACACAUACACACACAUUUAUAUCCUAUUUAACAUACAAAUUUCCUAUUCAUAACUUUGUACACUACCCUCAUAUUUUAGUGAUUAAUAUGAAGACACCUAAGUAAUCAUCCUACCUUUCAGACAGGACACAUACUCUCUUUUGACAGACAAGUAAAAUGAUUUAGCUUAUCACAAGAAGUAGACAAUUUCUAAAAUUACACAAUGUCUAAACUCCAUAAUGUUCAAUGUACUUAAAAUUUUACAAUUAGAUUUGAAUAAUUCUAUUUUUCUAAAUACAUAUCACUAUUUACAAAAGUAAGAUUAGGAACAUUGUUUUUUCAAAAUACCAUUUUUACUUUCCUAACAUUUAUAAUAAUGGGAUCGAGAAUUUCUAGGUCAAGUGUUAUGCUGGAACUCUUUUAAUGAAUCCCCAGAAUAGUAUUGCAGAUUUGCUUAUGGCUCUUGUUCUUCAAUUAUUUUUCACAUUUGUCUAUGUCCACUUUCUUGAAACACACAAGUGUUUCCUGUUGUGGUUUCCCACUCUUGUUUCUUAACAUUUCAGUGUUAAAGCAUGCACUCUGCUUUUAUACCCUCACCUCUUUAAAGAUUUUUCAGGUUUCUGAGAGGAAGAGAUGCAGAAAAGAAUCAGAUUUGUAUCUUUUAAGCCUAUGUUCUUCAAAGUGACUUCACCCAUUGAAUUGUAUUCAUUUGUUAGUUGGCUGCUAAAGCAGCAAUAAUUACAUUAAUUUGUUCAACUAAUGGGAGUUUCAGAAAACAGGACAAAUGAUAGUUUUCAUUUUUAAGGUGUGGUAUAGCUAUAGCUAUAAUCCAAACAUUUUACUCAACAAAAUUAUGCCAGAGUAACUGAUCAGUUUGGUUAAAUUGAAGGAAGCACAGGUGAACACAGAGAAAAUUCCUUCAGACAAGUAGAUCCAGCAUAGCAAAAAUGUACCUGAAAUAUAUGACAAGUUUUUAAGACCAAAGCUAAAUCUAAGGAAAUCUAAGUUCAAAUCCAAUAGUGAGUGAAAAUUUCAAAUUCAGAUCCAAUAGUGAGUGAUAUGUGGUACAACUCAAGGAGUUAGCUAAAUUGCUUCGUGAAUUUGUCAAAAGUGAAUACUAAUAACGUGGGAAGUUUCACUAAAAUUAGAGGGUAGUUAAAUAAGAUUUAAGUUUAUAAGAAGCAUGAGUGUCGCUUGACCAUGAUAAGAUUGUGGGUGUAAAGAUGCUAGCUAUUUUACAACUUUUUAUUUUGCUGUGUUAAAGUAUAUUUUAGGUAUAUUUUUCAGUGUAUUAAUGU